AUGGGAUCAACACCAUCGACAACCGUAAAAGUGAUCAAAAAUAAUCAUAAUACCAAUCAUAAUGGAAAUAGUGCUUCGGAAGAUAAAGCUAAGAAUACUUUGCCAUUUGAGAGACAAGCGGAUUGGCAGAUGCGAUUAGUAAGUGCAGAGGUAGAAGUAUCUGAAAAACAGCUUGAUCGACUGGAGGUGGAUGUAACUCGUCUUAAAUCUCAGAAUGUAGAAUUACAAGUUGAAAACGAAAAUUUACGGCAAGCUCUAGCCAAUGCUGAAAGGCAACUUGAAAUUGUCAAAGAUGAAAAUAGUGACUUCAUUUUGGAAAUCAAAAGAAAAUAUGAACAGCAAAUUACUAAUAAAAAUCACAAAGAAAAAUAUUCAAAAAGGAUUGACAAGAUACGAACGAAUUCCGCAAAAAGCAGACAAGAAUCAGCGCUGCAAUUAAUGUCUAGUAAAGAAAAGGUCACUCGCUUAGUUGAAGAUAAUAACAAUUUGCAAGAGCAAAUCAGACAGUUGAUUUUGCACGGGAACAGUAAUGAUCCGGCAGAAUCAGGUAGUGAUCCUUAUAAAGAUAGCAUGAUUAUUUUGGAAGAGAAGAGAAAUACCUUGGUAUUGCAACUGUCUGAACAAAUUUCUGCGCUAGAAGAUGAGAAGAGAUUACUAUCAUUCGAUUUGCGAGCAGCUUUAAAUAAAAUUAAAGAUUUAGAAGUUGAACGAUGA